AUUUCGAAAACGCGCCAUGACGUAAGCGGAAGAAGACGUAACAUAUGCGACUGGCGGGAAUCCUUUGCAUUUGCUAUAUGACAUCGUUGCCACCAAAUGUGAAGAAUUUGAUUGUGUUUGGAACUUUUAUUGGACGCACUUCAUUUGGUAAUAGAAAUGCAGGCGUUUCUGAAAGGAACAUCCAGCCAGAGCAUCAAGCUUCAGAAGGACAAAGCAGCUGGAUCGAGUGGGGAAAAGAAACCCAAGGCUGUACCAUGGGUAGAGAAAUAUAGACCAAAGUGUGUGGAUGAUGUGGCCUAUCAAGAGGAGGUGGUUGCUGUUUUGAAGAAAUCAUUGGAGGGCGCCGAUUUGCCCAAUUUACUGUUCUAUGGGCCUCCCGGUACAGGAAAGACCUCCACCAUCCUGGCAGCAGCUAGAGAGCUCUAUGGACCUGAGCUGUACCGACAGCGGGUGUUGGAGCUCAACGCCUCUGAUGAACGAGGGAUCCAGGUGGUCCGAAAGAAAGUGAAGACCUUUGCCCAGCUAACUGCAGCAGGAUCUCGUCCUGACGGGAAGCCUUGUCCUCCGUUUAAGAUCAUCAUUCUUGACGAGGCGGACUCCAUGACCAACGCAGCCCAGGCCUGCCUCAGACGCACCAUGGAGAAGGAGGCGCGCACCACACGCUUCUGCCUCAUCUGCAACUACGUCAGCAGGAUCAUUGAACCGCUGACAUCCAGAUGCUCCAAGUUCCGUUUCAAGCCUCUUGCCAAUGGCAUCCAGGAGGAGAGAAUCUUAGAAAUCUGCAAGAAGGAGAACCUGAAGUACACCCAACAGGGAAUUGAUGAGCUGGUGAGGGUGUCGGAGGGAGAUCUGAGGAAAGCCAUCACAUAUUUACAGAGUGCAGCCAGGCUCAAUGCAGAUGCAGAGAUCACAGAGAGUAUCAUAUUAGAGAUCGCUGGGGUGGUACCCCCUAAUGUCAUAGACAAUCUGCUUCAGAUAUGUCACAAAGGAACUUUUGAUAAAAUGCAGAUAGAAGUCAAGAAUAUGAUUGAUGAUGGCUAUGCUGCUACACAGAUUCUUAAUCAGCUACAUGACUGCAUCAUCGAGGGCCACCUCAAUGACAAGCAGAAAUCAGUCGUUGCUGAAAAAAUGGCGGUGGUUGAUAAGAAUUUAGCUGAUGGAGCUGAUGAAUAUCUGCAGUUGAUGAGUCUGACCUCAGUGAUAAUGCAGCAAGCAACUCAGAGCUCCUGAGCUGGCCAGAUUCGCAUCACUACCCCGUUAGUGGAUACCUGUCAACAUCUCCCAUUUCCUCUCUGUACAUUUUGUGAUAAACCUUUGUAUUUUUGAA